CCCCCGCGGCCCCCCGCGGUCGGGAGCAGCCGGGGCGGAGCGGGGCGCGGUCCGGGCGGGCGGGCGGGCAGCGGGACCUUCGCGGGAGCCCUGUUGCUCUGGGAGCAGCUGCCCGAGGGCUGAACUCUUGGGGUGUCUCCGCGAGGGGUGCGGUCCGCCUUGGGAUGUGCAGAUUGGGGGAUGGUGUCUAUGAUACCUUCAUGAUGAUAGAUGAAACCAAAUGCCCACCCUGUUCAAAUGUACUCUGCAAUCCUUCUGAACUGCCUCUACCCAGAAGACUAAAUAUCACUGCUGAGCAGUUAACAAGAGAUCACACUCAGCGCUUCCUGAAUGGAGGUGAGGUGAAAGUGGAACAGCUGUUUCAAGAAUUUAGCACCAGAAGAUCCGAUACUCUUCAGUCAGAUGGCAUCAACGACUCUGAAAAAUGCUCUCCUACCGUCUCUCAGGGUAAAAGUUCAGAUAGCUUGAAUGCAGUAAAACCCAGCAAUUCAGCCAAAUCAUCCAAAGUGGUGCCACUGACUCCAGAGCAAGCCCUGAAGCAAUAUAAACACCACCUCACCGCAUAUGAGAAGCUGGAAAUCAUCAAUUAUCCAGAAAUCUACUUUGUGGGCCCAAAUGCCAAAAAAAGACAUGGAGUGAUCGGUGGUCCCAAUAACGGGGGGUAUGAUGAUGCAGAUGGGGCCUAUAUUCACGUACCUCGCGACCAUCUAGCUUAUCGAUAUGAGGUGCUGAAGAUUAUUGGCAAGGGGAGUUUUGGGCAGGUGGCCCGGGUCUACGAUCACAAACUUCGACAGUAUGUGGCCCUAAAGAUGGUGCGCAAUGAAAAGCGCUUCCAUCGUCAAGCCGCUGAGGAGAUCCGGAUCUUGGAGCAUCUUAAAAAGCAGGACAAAACCGGUAGCAUGAACGUCAUCCACAUGCUGGAAAGUUUCACAUUCCGGAACCAUGUUUGCAUGGCCUUCGAGUUGCUGAGCAUAGACCUUUACGAGCUAAUUAAAAAAAACAAGUUUCAGGGUUUUAGCGUCCAGUUAGUUCGCAAGUUUGCUCAAUCCAUCUUGCAAUCCUUGGAUGCUCUCCACAAAAAUAAGAUCAUUCACUGUGACCUGAAGCCAGAAAACAUUCUCCUGAAACACCAUGGGCGCAGCGCGACCAAGGUCAUUGACUUUGGGUCCAGCUGCUUCGAAUACCAGAAGCUUUACACGUAUAUCCAGUCUCGGUUCUACAGAGCUCCGGAGAUCAUCCUAGGAAGCCGCUACAGCACACCUAUAGACAUAUGGAGUUUUGGCUGCAUCCUUGCAGAACUUUUAACAGGACAGCCUCUCUUCCCGGGAGAGGAUGAAGGGGACCAGUUGGCCUGUAUGAUGGAGCUGCUAGGGAUGCCACCACCAAAACUUCUGGAACAAUCCAAACGUGCCAAGUACUUCAUUAACUCUAAGGGCCUACCUCGCUACUGUUCUGUGACUACUCAGGCAGAUGGGAGAGUUGUGCUUGUGGGGGGUCGCUCACGUAGGGGUAAAAAGCGGGGCCCUCCAGGUAGCAAAGACUGGGUGACAGCACUGAAGGGAUGUGAUGACUACUUGUUUAUAGAGUUUCUGAAAAGGUGUCUUCACUGGGACCCCUCUGCCCGUUUGACCCCAGCUCAAGCAUUAAGACACCCUUGGAUUAGUAAGUCUGUGCCCAGACCUCUUACCAUUGAAAAGGUGUCAGGCAAACGGGUGGUAAAUCCUGCAAAUGCUUUCCAGGGACUGGGUUCCAAGCUGCCUCCAGUUGUCGGAAUAGCCAAUAAGCUCAAAGCUAAUUUAAUGUCAGAAACCAACGGUGGUAUACCUCUGUGCAGUGUACUGCCAAAACUCAUUAGCUAACGGACAGUGCUGUGCUCAGAGAUGUAUAUGUAUGUAUUUUUAAUUAUCCUGCAAACCUGAACAUGGGGAGAAAAUACAAGCCCAUUGGUGGAUAUGUUUUUGUUACACUAGAUUUCUUUUUUUUAACAAGGCAAAACAUUUUUAUAUGACUGUAACAGAACUCUCCAAGGGCUAAUUACCUAACCAGCCUGUGUUGGCCAUCCUGGAAUGUACAUUAAAUGACGUUUUAUAGGUCAGUGCAUCUUCGUUAUUGUCGUCAGAUGUACAUCACCUUAUGCUCCCACUGCUUUAAGUCCCUUUCUCUCAAGAUAUAGGGUACCCGAGGAGUCUAUCCUGAGCACUCGUCACUUCUCGUCUCCCUCCACGUCUGUUCCAGAGGGGUAGUUUGGGACACGGCCCUGCUUCGUUCGGGAUGAGAGCUGGAGCCAGUAGCCUUCUUGCCCAAGCAGGCCAUUCCAUGAGCUCAUUCCAGGGAAAAGGGCUCAGCAGAAUAUGGGGCAGGGGAAGGUUCUGGAAGCUCUUAGUCACUUAAAGAAGUGGUAUCACUGCUUCUCGGUGACUCAUUCUCUUUCUCUCAAUCCUGUAAUGUGUGCUGUGUUAACUUUAUGACUUUUAUGAUUAUUUUGCUUCUGAUUUGUUUCCUGGGGAAAGCAUUUUACAGAUGUCCUGCCACUUUACCAAGCGCUGGUUUUAAAACUAAGCCCUGUGUGUCCUUUACCACCCCGCCCCACCCCUCUCUGCAGGGAACACAAAGCAGCUUGCAAACUGCAGUUCUGAAUCCCGAAUCUCGGAACCCUGGGGACCAGCCUCCUCACUGCAUUUCCAUGGACUUCUUCCUUAUGAAAGCCUCACUAUCGGAUAAACCUAAACACAGGCCCUCCUCGCCCCCCCGGCCCUGGCUCCUCCAAGUGCCUCAGUCUUCCCCACUGUCCCUUUAAGCCCAAGACUAUUCCUGAGAUUCCGAGUGAACUUCAGUUCUAAGAAAAUCCAGACACCAGUAGUCGUCCACUUCCUUUUCCAUCCCUUGAGCCUCCUUCCUUUUUCUCCGUCAAGAUUCAAACAGUGAGGGCUGGCGGUAAAGCUAACUGCUAGCUGAACUUCCUCCUUGGAAGCGUGGGGAAGAUACAGGAACCAAGCCGCCCCUACUGCUGUCUUGCCCUCUGCUUCUGCCCCCCGCCCCCCGGGGGGCACCUGCAAGCAGGCCUCCCUGCGCCCUCUAAGGGAGACCGUUGCUUCCUGCAGCACCAUCUCAGGGGGACCCAGUUCCUUUUUUCCUGUCGAGUUGAGUCUCUGCGAGCUCCACAAGGUGGGAAGACCUUAAGAUCCCCAGGAAACAACCAAAAGAAGAGAAAGGCCCUGGGCGCACGAUUGAAGGAACUCCGGCCUUACCCCGGGCCCCGAUUGCCACGGCCCAGGCUCUGAAUAUGGAGCAUGAACCGGUGUCCACGGAGCGUGGCCUGAGCCCCCAGCAGGAGUUCACAUCGAGGCCUCGGCCUCUUGAAACUGGGGAUGUCCUGGUGCUUCUGGUGACUGUGCAACUGCACUAUUUAAAACUUGAAUCACUCCCUUCACUCUUGGUUUCCAGAAGGCGAGAGAACACACCUCCUGCUGAGCUCUCUGCCUGAUGGUGACGUUGCAUAAGAAGCCCCUGGUUAUCUUGCCAGAGCAUGUGUUGAGGUUGUUUUGCCCAUUGCUAUCAGUGUGGAAGGCAAACUGUUAAAAAAGACUGCUGCCCCAAACACA